GGUCCCACCUCCAAUCUGCGAAAAUUGAAUCGCUCUCUCCGCCUCCCCUUCGUCCGCUUUGCUCGCAUCCGCUCCCACGCACUCCUAGCUCCCCAUGGCGGGGGGCUCGCCGUCGCCGAGCCAAGCCGGAGCAACGCCCAACCGCCUAAAGCGCAAGGCCUCUGCAUCUUCCGCCGUCGCCUCCUCCUCCACCUCCUUAGGGGCGGACGAGGCGGCGGACGAGGGGGACAUUGAGGAGCUGGAGAGGGAGGUGGCCGAUCUGGGCCGCCGGAUACUCGAGCACCGCCGUGACGCCGCCGCCCGCUUCAUAGACGCCACAGUAUCGCGCCUCGUCGCCCUCCGCCCGCCCGCCUGCGUAGAAGUUCCAAGUGAAUCACAACCUGCCGCUGGGGGCUCGCACGCCGAAGCUGAACAAAAUAUAAGUGAAAAGCUAAAGAUGUUCAAAUCUAAGACCGAGGCAAAUAUCGUGGCAAUUCCCAAGGUACUGGACAAAAUGAACAAAUGUAUUGCUCGGAUGGAGAAGGUUCAGCAAUUGAAUGUGAAUAUACAUCCUGCUUUCCAAAGAAAACGGUAGCAGUGGUGUUGUGGUUUUGCUUUAUCCAUUACGCGUGGGGCUGCUUGCUCACUCAGCAAAUGUACCAUUUGUAACAUGUUGGUGUUGAAAUGGCCUGAUUCAGUUAGUACUUAGGCGGGAUCUGUUACUGACAAAGCAUCGAUAUUUACACUAUGGAUGUACCCACUCUGUCUCAAAAUGUAAGACACGUGUCAAAAAAUGUCUUACAUUUUGAGACAGAGGGGAUAACAUUUUGUCCAGAUGUAUUUAAUCAGUGUGUUUGUGUGUA